CACUGGCUGCGGCUGUGCAAGUGUUUGUGGCUCCUGGUGGUCUCACGCGGCUCUGCAGGAACUGAAGCAUACUCAGCAUACGUGUGGGGUAGGAUGGCAAGGAGUGGAUAGGAGACAACCAACCCAUUCUCAGCUUCUGUACAUGAAGGAAGAUGGUGUAAUGCUUUGUCCGAUAUGAAGAGUCAUCAGUCCCACGGCAGCACCUCCUGGAAGGCUCAUGACAGUGCUUCCUGUUCACAGUCCCAAGGCGGCUCCAGCCAGUCCCAAGGCGGCUCCAGCCAGUCCCAAGGCACUCUCUCUCAGUUGAACGACCUCUCACAGUAUCAGGGUCCAUCUAGUUCCUCCACCAGCACAGUGACUUCCUCCAGUCAAUCCUCACACUCCAGCUCUGGGACACUGAGCUCCUUAGAGACUGUGUCUACUCAGGAACUCUGUUCUAUUCCUGAGGACCAAGAACCCGAAGACCCUGGUCCUGCCCCUUGGGCUCGGCUAUGGGCUCUUCAGGAUGGAUUCUCGAAUCUAGACUGUGUUAACGACAACUACUGGUUUGGGAGGGAUAAAAGCUGUGAAUAUUGCUUUGAUGGACCGCUGUUGAGAAGGACGGACAAGUACCGGACUUACAGCAAGAAGCACUUUCGUAUCUUCAGGGAAAUGGGGCCUAAAAAUUCUUACAUCGUAUACUUAGAGGAUCACAGUGGAAAUGGAACCUUCGUAAAUACCGAGCUAAUCGGGAAAGGCAAGCGCCGUCCUUUGAGUAAUAACUCUGAAAUCGCGCUUUCACUAUGUAGAAAUAAAGUUUUUGUAUUUUUUGAUCUGACUGUAGAUGAUCAGACAGUUUAUCCUAAGGAAUUAAGAGACGAAUACAUCAUGUCAAAAACUCUUGGAAGUGGUGCUUGUGGAGAGGUAAAGAUGGCUUUUGAGAGGAAAACAUGUAAGAAAGUGGCCAUAAAGAUCAUCAGCAAACGGAGGUUUGCCCUUGGCUCAUCGAGAGAAGCCGACACAGCUCGCAGUGUGGAAACUGAAAUAGAAAUUCUGAAGAAACUAAAUCAUCCCUGCAUCAUCAAGAUUAAAGAUGUUUUUGAUGCAGAAGAUUAUUACAUCGUUCUGGAAUUGAUGGAAGGAGGAGAACUGUUUGACCGGGUGGUGGGAAACAAACGCCUGAAAGAAGCCACCUGCAAGCUGUAUUUCUACCAGAUGCUUUUAGCUGUACAGUACCUUCACGAAAAUGGUAUUAUACAUCGGGACUUAAAGCCGGAGAAUGUUCUUUUAUCAUCUCAGGAAGAGGAUUGUCUUAUCAAGAUCACUGAUUUUGGGCAGUCCAAGAUCUUGGGGGAGACCUCCCUGAUGAGAACUUUAUGUGGUACACCCACUUAUCUGGCUCCUGAGGUCCUUGUCUCCAAUGGGACUGCUGGUUACAGCCGUGCUGUGGACUGCUGGAGCUUAGGAGUUAUUCUUUUCAUCUGCCUAAGUGGGUAUCCACCUUUCUCUGAGCAUAAGACCCAAGUGUCACUGAAGGAUCAGAUCACCAGUGGAAAGUACAACUUUAUUCCUGAAGUCUGGACAGAUGUCUCAGAGAAGGCUCUGGACCUUGUCAAGAAACUGUUGGUUGUGGAUCCAAAGGCUAGGCUUACCACGGAGGAAGCCUUAAAUCAUACAUGGCUUCAGGAUGAGUACAUGAAGAAAAAAUUUCAGGAUCUACUGGUGCAGGAAAAGAACUCAGUGACCAUACCCCUGGCUCCUGCCCAGACUUCCGGUCAAAAGCGUCCCCUGGAACUGGAGGUGGAAGAUGCGGAGAGCACAAAACGCCUGGCUGUGUGUGGGGCUGUAUUGUGAGCUUUGAACGUGAAAGCAAUUGUCUCCACCUUGAAGUCUUUUUUUUUUUUUAAAGGUUGUAUAUUUUUUUAAAAAUAUAGUCUGUAUUUUAAUGAUGGAAACAAUUGCUUUUCCAUCACUGAUAUACAAUUAAAAACAUUGUGGAAAUUGGC